UCGUAUGAUGGUAAAAGAUCAUAAUUUGACAUCUCAACAGUGUUUCCACCAACUUGUGCAAAAGAAACCAUUUCUUCCACCUGCAGUGUGGCAUAAUGCAGUAAGGGGGAUGUUUAUUCAAACUCAGGACACACCAAAUCCAAACAGUUUGAAGUUUAUUCCUGGGAAGGAAGUGCUGGGGUCGAGGACUAUGGAGUUUUCCACACCAGCUGCAGCGUUUUGCUCACCUUUAGCAAGACAGUUAUUCAAAGUUGAAGGUGUUAAAAGUGUUUUCUUCGGACCAGACUUCAUCACAAUCACCAAGGAGAGUGAAGACCUGGAUUGGAACUUACUCAAACCAGAUAUUUAUGCAACUAUAAUGGAUUUCUUUGCCUCUGGCUUACCUGUAGUGACAGACGAGGCACCUAGGACAGAUACAGGUGCAUCAGAAGAUGAUGAUGAAGUUGUACUGAUGAUUAAAGAACUGCUGGAUACAAGGAUAAGGCCGACAGUGCAAGAAGAUGGUGGUGAUGUUAUUUAUAAAGGCUUUGAGGAUGGGAUUGUGCAGCUGAAGUUGCAGGGUUCGUGUACCAGCUGUCCCAGUUCCAUCAUCACCCUCAAGAACGGGAUACAGAACAUGCUCCAGUUCUACAUCCCUGAAGUAGAAGGCGUGGAACAGGUUGUUGACGACGAUGAUGACGUGGAGAAAGAAGCAAAUUCUACUUGA